AUGGACCCGAGGCACACGUUGACGACGGAGGCGGACGUACGGCGCUACCAGAGACUGCUCAAGGAGCAUCGCGUUGGGGAGAAUAACGGCGCGUUUGACAAGGAAUUGGCUGCUGCCGCCGCCAAGGUGGACGCGAGCUGCAACGUUGCCACCGGGGAAGUCAUCCCCGCACCGUUUCGCCUGUCCGGCUUCUUGGUGUGCAAUAUUCCCAUCGUUACGUCCAUGCUCUUCAACAAGAGCGUAUAUGUCCAGGUGAUAUCGCACUGGGUAAACCAGAGCCUCAACACGGCAGUCAACUACUACAAUCGAUCUGGAGCUGAGAUGACGAACGAGACACUGGCUACGUCGUACGCGCUGGCGAUCGGGACGGCAUGUCCUCUCGCCUACGGCCUUGGCAAGGCCUUCCAGCGAGCGCCCCCCUCGUUGAGGCGUUUCUCUUUCAUUGGCUCCUACAUCGCGGUGGCGGCGGCGGGCAGCAUGAACGUCCUGUUCACCAGGGCUUCGGAGAUCACCGGCGGCGUCCAGGUCACCGACGAAUCGGGAGAGGCGAGAGGGGUCUCAAAGAAGGCCGGGCUGCAGUGCGUUCUGCAGACCGUCGCUUCCCGGGGCCUGAUCCUGCCCAUCCCCGUGGUCGUCCUGCCUGCGGCCAUCGUGGGGCUCAUGAACAACCGUGGCCUCAUGCCCAGCAGCCCUCGCGGCAAGAUGUGGGCCCAGGUGGGGGUGCUGACAGGGUCGCUGGCUUUCGCGUUGCCCAUGUCGAUAGCGGUGUUCCCGCAAGAGGCCCGCUUCAAGGCUAGCACCCUGGAGCCGCAGCUGCAACACUUGCUGCUCAAAGACGGGUCGCGCGGCGAGGUGAAUUACCUCUACGCCAACAAAGGUCUCUAA